AUGGAGAUGGCGUGCCCGGCAGAAACGAACCGAGCGCUGGGCAUGCGGCCGAUGGACGUGGCGAAGCUCUCGAACUUCGACCCCUCGGGAAAGGCCACCCUUAUCUUGGCCUGCGCCAAGGCGGCGUGGGCACGGCGGGGGGUUGGGGCGGGGGGGCAGGCGCGCGGCGGAGGCUCCCCGCAGGGGGAAGCGGCGGCGGACUUCGGUACAACAAGCGAUCAGGCUGGGGAGUCUUGUCGGCCGAAGGACGGCGGAGACGAGGGCGGCGGCGGCGACGCCGAUGCUUCCUCGACAGCGGGGUGGGCGGCGGCGGCGGUGGCGGCGGGAGCUGCUCCGGCGUCUCCUGCUACGACGCUCUUUGCUUCUCCCGCUCGUCCGAGGUCGGGCACCAUGUCGGUGCUGUCAACCUCGGUGCUGGCGGUGUCUCGCCCGGGAUCGCCAACGGCGGCAGCGGCGCCGCCAACGGUCGCGCGGGAAGGAGGGGCGGCCGAGGGGGGGGCAGCAGCAGCAGCAGAAGGGGCAGCGAAGCAGAGAAUAAGCGGCGAUCGAACGGCGUUGUUGUCGUUCUGGCGCUGGGGGGGCAAGCCCCGCACCGGCGAUGAGGGUGGUAGCGGCGGAGGUGGGGGGGGCGCCGGCGUGGAGGAAGGGUGUGGAGGGUGGGGUACUGGGAUGGUUCGGGUGCCGUCCUUCGAACCGUCGGUCAAAGGAAGCGGCGCAAACGGCGGCGGCGGCCGCGGCGGAGGCGGCGGCGACGUGCUGAGGGGAGGUGUAGAGAGACGUAGUGGGGUGGACCGGGCGCCCGCAUUCGAAACGCCGGUCGCAGCAGCAGCAGCAUCUAGCGCAAGUAACUCCGGUGAAUGCUUAGGAGGCGGCAGUAGCAGCCGCAGCAGCGGCAGAAAAAGGAGCGUGGACGGAGAGGUCGGCGGCACACUCGGCAAGAAAGGCGGCGGCGGUGUCGUGAACCCCGGCAAGGAGUAGGAGGCAGCCGAAGGGGCGGGGCGGCGUGGAGAGUCAAGGGGCACGCGGGUACGGGAAUUUAUUUGGCCCUGUUCCCCACGCAACCCGUUUGCGACGGACAGACAAGAAAGGUCGGGGGCUUCGUAGACGAGAAACACCCCCCGCGGUGCAACAGCAAAAAAACGGAAACGACCGGUCUGUGGGUAAGUUAGUUUUUAACCCACAGGCCCAGGGGAAAUCCGGCAAGGCCUGUAGGCUGCCUCGGUUUCUUUCUCCCCAGGAGUCUUACGGUGACGCGGCACACCGUUCGUAGCAAGCACGUUGAUUUUUUGAGUGUAAGUGUAUUGCCGGUUUUUAUCUUGCUCUGAAGCCCGCCUCGGUUUUUGCCCCAAGAGGUUAAGGUGAGGUGGCACACCGUUUGUAACAAGCACGUUGGUUUGAGUGCACGUGUAGUGCUGUUUUUGUCUUGCUUGAAGCCCGCCUCGGUUUUUGCCCAAGAGGUUAGUGUAAGGCCGCACACCGUUCGUAACACGCACGUUGAUUUGAGUGCAAGUGUAGUGACGGGUUUGGUCUUGCUCUGAAGCCCGCCUCGGUUUUUCCCCCAAGAGGGUAAGGUGAGGUGGCACACCGUUUGUAUCAAGCACGUUGGUUUUAGUGCAAGGCUUCUGACGGGUUUGGUCUUGCUCUGAAGCCCGCCUCGGUUUUUGCCUAAGAGGUAAGUGUGAGGCGGCAGACCACAAAACAGAGUGUUUUUUAGUUUGUCAGGCUUGCGGUGUAGUGUUGAUACGGAUGCAACCCUGUCUGGGGGAACCGACGUCCACGUUUCUCACCCAUCUCGUGGUCCUUGUGUAAAAAAGUACACUGCUGUAGUG